GAGAGAGGGAGGGUUCUUCUUCUUCCCUGAAAAUGUACUCUGAUAAAUUAGGGUUUUAGAGUUUUCCGUGUAUGAGAGCUGAACUUUGCAGCUGAUUUAUGCGCCUGAGGAUUUCUGCGCCUCUGUUCCGUAGGAGGAGCGGUUCCUUGCUCUGAAUCGAUUAAGUGAAUGAUCCAACCGCUAUAAUCUUACUCACUCAGUUUGAAAGCUCUAUAUACGUCGGAAAGUAUGGAAACACGAUCGCGUCGAUUAAAGAGACUGAUGAGAGAAGAAGAACGAGUUGAUAGGAUUAGCCAACUUCCCCAUUCUAUUCGUGUUCUCAUUCUCUCAUUUUUACCCACUAAGGAGGUUGUGAAGAUGAUACUUGUUCCACCAUUCAGGGAUGUGUGGACUCGCAGUCGCAAUCUCACCUUCGAUCAGAAUGAGUUUCAUGACAGUAAUAGUCGUAUUCCUGAUGCUCCACAUUACAACACGAGGUUCGUGAACUUUAUCCGAAACAUGUUGAGGGUUCAUGUAGGUGAAACUAUUGAUGAGUUUCAUCUCAUAUUCUGGUUAAAUUUGAUUUACGAGGAACAUACUACGCAUUCUCAUUCAAGUUAUCUGAAAGUGAAAUCUAUGGAAAGUGAAAUAACUCACUGGAUAAAAUUUGCUGUGCGCAAGAGCGUUAAAGUUCUGAACCUCAACUUAUUAGCUUCACGAGGGGGUCGUGUAAUUAAGUAUGAACUGCCUGAUCUUGUUUUUAGGUGUAAUGAUCUCAGGGAGUUUAUGUUAGCUGGCUGUGUAAUCAGGAAGCCUUUGGUUACUCAACUCAACUCACUUAGAAAGCUAUCCCUUAGGGAUAUAGAGUUGAGUGACAAUAUUAUGAACAGCAUCGUGGAAGGGUGCUCGGUGCUCGAAGAACUUUCUUUCCUCAGUUGUUCUGGGGUUCGUAUGCUUAGGUUGGCUAAUCCUCGUGUUAAAAGACUGAUUAUUUCCAUUGGAUGGUUUGAGGAAAAGUUGGUAAAGAAGAAGUUGGAGAUUAUCUGCCCUCAUGUCACAUCACUGGAAAUCUCAGGAGCGAUACCGCUUGUGGAUUUAAAGAAUUCAUCUUCUGUCCUUGAUGCUUCCCUUCGCUAUGACACCAUUUUCUUCAAAUGUGCACCAAAAAAAUAUGAAAAGAUGCGAACACUCCUCGAGCAGUUAACUCAAACUGGUGUUCUUGUGAUGUGCAGUAAAAUGAUUUUGGUCUUUACCACAUGGGCAUUGAGAAACAUGCCUUUCCCUGUCUUCAGUUCACGAUCUCUUACCUUAGAGCUUCAAUUUUCAAAAUGGCUUCUCCCCGGAAUACGUGGCAUACUCAGAAAUUCAUCUCAUUUGGAGACACUGACUAUUUACAUCCACUCUGAACCACUGCCGAACCGUAUUAUGGAGAGCAACCAAGCGUUGUGGAUGUGGGAGCAUCAUGAUUUCGAUGAUGGGGAUUACUGGAAGUCUCGGGAACCCGAUGUUGCUUUGGGUAUGCUCAAGACCAUAAAAAUAUAUGGUUAUAUAAUAGAGCCAUCAGUUUUGCCCAUUAUAGGAUUUCUAAUGAAGAAAGCAUUGGUCUUGGAGGAGAUGGUUAUUUCUAAUUCUGCCACAGUGUUCGAAGCGGUAGAUAUCGAUACUGAUGAACUGUUUGAACUUUGUAAGAAUUUGUUGAAACUUCCCAGGGCCUCCCCCUCUGCAGUAAUCAACUUCUGUUGAUUUUUUGAAUUCAUAGCGAAAUGACUUCAUCUAAUUUGCUUGUCUUCAAUUUUGAAUCUUGAUUCAAUAGUGAAUACUUUGUAGCAUUUUUUCUACAGUACCAUCAAUAACCUUACUCUGGGAUAUGCUAAAGG